CAAAACUCAGUAGGAGUUGAUUGUGUAGUGAGGAGGGAGAUGCUCGUUUUUAUUCAGGCGUGUUGGACCAGAAACGCACCUAAAAGCGGCAGGACACAAGCCCUCAAGGACCGGAGAUCGAGAACCCUCUCUUAGGCACUUUGAAAACUUUUAAAGCAGAAUCCACUCGUUUGGCUUGUGUCAUGAAACAAAUAUUCUAGUAAAACAUAAAUAAUUUUUUCAGACUUUUUAAUUAUUAAUUGCAACCAAAGUUCUCCAGCUUUUCCUCUUACAUGGUCUGGCAAGAAUAAAUGUAUCCUGAAUGUCACUCAGUGAUGCAUGCCUGAGAGGUUUAAUUUGUGGGGAUACAUCAAUAUUUCUUCUUAAAGGUUCUGAUGCCUCAAGUUUUCGGCUUAGAAGAUAAAUCCAUUUGUGUCUACUUGUAAACAACAGUUAAAAGUAACAAAAGUUAAAGCCUUAAUAUAUGUGCUUAGCAGUUAGAAAUUGGUUUUUGGCUUCUGCAUGACUUUUUUUUUUUAAUUAUUCGUAUACGUUGAGAUACUUUGAAGUGAAGUGAAUUGAAAACUUGGCUACAUCGACCAUCACAGCACCAAGACACUUGACCAAGCAAUUUACAGUGUGAGCUGGUGUUUGGUGAUGGAGCUCUGUGGCUUCAAGUCCUUACAUGCAGAUUCAGUGGUGUGAUGCUGGGCCCAUUCACACUACAGGUCAACCAGUGCUAAUAUCAUCAAAGACCCUGAAAGAGCAUUUUGACGGCUGUUUUUGCUUUUGUUUAUUCAUUUUUUCUCCCCGAUGGGGUUUGUUAGUAUGUAGAUAGAAUGUCCUCCACAUUUAUUGUCAUCCCUGGUAAAAAUGUUUAUCCUUUAUUCUAGCAUCAUAAUCUCACAUUUUUUGUAGAAUAUUUAAAUAAAUAAUUCAGCAACACAUUCUAUAUUAAGGAAUAAAAAGCUAUUUUUAAUGUAUACUUUACCCUUUUUCUGUUUAAUUAUGGUUAGAUGUGUAAAUGAGCUUUUCGUUAGUAGUUCAAAUAUUGAUAGACAUAGAGAUCAAAUUCUUUUAGACACUCAACAAAAUGGGUAAGACAAGAAAACGGGCAAAAAUACAACAGUUUAAAACAAGAAGAAAUGUAAUAAACAAGAUUGGAGGAGGACCCAUGUUUUUGUUGCCAGCACACAUGGUUAGGAAGAUGGUAUGGGAGGUAUAUAAAAAAAAAAUCCUGCAAAGCUCAUCAUUCAGCAACUAAAGCAUUUUAUUUACAUGUGAGAUUAUGCUACAGAAACAAAGGAGGAAUUUGCUUUAAGGCCAUUUUAACAUCUUUACCAGGGAUGCAGAUAAUAGAUUGCUAUGCCGUAGUUUGACCCUUUUUUUUCUUAGGUAAUGACCAGUAUUUGCGAUUUUAACUUCAAUGCAUUGUCCACACCUAAUCAGUCUCCGUUGCUGGGAAGACUGUAGUGUCUGUUGUACUUGUAGCAGGACCCAAAUAGGAUUUAAAGGUGUUAGAAUAAUAGAUCAUAUAGGUGUAAAAAGGGACGAGGAAUAGCUAUAGAGAUGUUGUAACGCUAAAGUUGAUAUUGAAUUUGUACGAAUAUGGUCGGUUCAACAUUUAAUUUUGGUAGUUCUUUCUAAAAGAACAAAUGUUUCUCUGUAUGCGUUCAGUCUAAAUUACAACACAGAGUUUAAUGCCUGUAAUGAGGCUGUGCCAUUGCACCACUAAAUCCAUGUAAAUCUUGUGUGUUAGAAUGGAUUUGCACUGAAGCGUGUUUGAAACAAGGAACAUCCUGCUGAAGGAAUCCAUCCUUCCUUCUUGUUUUUGUUCUUCUUGUCCUGUUGGUCUCCUUUGACUCUGAUUUAGUUUGCGUCAAGUGGACACUACCAGCCUCAGGAAUGGCACUACUCCCACGUCCACAAUGCCAUUUUAGGCCCGUUUGGGGAGCUGAUGACCGAAGCGGACCUAAAUCGAAUUGAGAAACAAAUUGAGAACCUGCAGGUCAUGCACAAGAUGUCCGAAGUUGAGAAAGAACUGGAGGAACUGGAGCGAGAGCUCCACCAGCUGCUGCCUGUUUCUGCUGCACUUAAUCAGGAGUAUUUCUCAGUCAAUCCUAAACAGGUGCAUGGCCAAGCUGAGGAUCUCCCGGCUUGGUGCAGCAAAAUCUCAACCCUGCUCAAGAGUAUGGCGAUUCUCCUUGCCACCUUGGGAGGCAAGGAGUUAGACGUCUUAGAUUUUAUAUUUUCUGGAACUUCUCAAGAAGAAGCAAAGAGUAUUAGCUCAGGCCAGUGUGAAGCAUCUGUUGGCACUGGAAAUAUUGGCCGAUCCUUGUCCUUCUCAACAAGAGAAGAAGUGGAAAAGGAGAUAAAGCAGUGUGGGGUUUCCGUGAAGAACCUGAAGGCUAAUUAUGAGCUUCAAAAUCAGACACAGUCUACAUACGACCAAGCUAAUAAGGUUUACAAACGCAAAAUGUCACUCCCAGUGGUCAGUGAGUCCAAUUAUGGUCUAGAGCCAGCCUGCAAGAGUAAUGCUCCCUCCUCCUUACCUACAGCUCCUGAGGAGGAGAGAAGCAAUGGGCCUUUGCCUUCAGUAGAGGAAUCUCUAUUACCUCUUGUUGAAGAACCAGUUGUCACUCAAUCCCAUGUUUCUCCAUUGUAUGUCUCCUCUGAAGCAAUGGCUCCAACCAACAUUAAGGAGUUCAACCAGGUUCUUUUGUCAGACCCUGUUUUAACUGAUGACCACCUAACACGAAGCUUGGAGGUGCAGACCGAUCUAAGCUAUGUCCAGGAGUGCAUUGAAAUGAGGAAAGAGAGAAUUGUCCUUCUGUUCCUUGAACACUGGAGGAAGUAUACCGUGUCAGAAUCUUAUCGGACUAAAUACGCAGGCAGGAGGGGACACUACUUGGAUGUGGGCUGUGAGGACUACAGUCAGUUCAAUGCUCAAAUGGGCGAUGAAAUGCACAGUGAAGAUGACAAACUGAUCAUGUUUAUGAAGUCGAAGCAAGUGGUUGGCAAUCUGAUUGGCCACUGGCGAUCAAUCAUGAGCCAAGUGCCGUCGCGGCAGAUUCGGAGGCUGAGUCGCGCCCAGAUGAUCUACUGGCCAGAGCAUUUCUUGCCCCACAUCAACGGAUCCCCAGUGAGCUAUGAGAGUCUAACCCUGGACCUCUUCAUGCUUGGAUACUUCCAGUUACUGGAAAUGAACAUGUCUCGCAGCGAGAGGAAGUUCCGCCACCUCUUGUGCUACGAGAUGUUUGACCGUCUUGGCAGCCAUAAAUGGGAAGUUAUAAGACAGUUUCACAAGGAAGUGAUGGUGGAAGUCGAGAGUGGGAAACGAGACUGGGCGGACGGCUUCGAGGACAUAAAGGUCAAGCAUUUUGGAGACGUGGAAGAUGGCGGAGGUGUGAUGACGGCAUCUCUAAAUUCAGUAUCUCCUGAUAUGUCUGCACUACAGGAACCACCUCCUCCCCCACCUUCCCAUCCUCCCCCUCCUCCACCUACACAUCCUGCGCCCCCAUCUCCAAAUGUACAGUCUGCAACAUCUGUAGCGACAACACAAUCUUCUCCACCAGCCUCCCAAUUAGAUGUGUCUCCAUCACAAUCACCUAUUGCGGCCCAGAAUGGAGUCUCUGACAACGGAACGUCAUUGGAGGUCACUUCCAAUGAGCAGAUGCCAUCAGAUGAGCCUGUGAUCACAUCAGAGAAGGACCUGAAAGCUAAAAGUCCAAAAGUAGUGGAAACAAAACCGAACUCUACAGACACCUCAGGACGGGAUCCAAAGAAAGACCUUCCACCUGUUAAAGUUAGAUUCACAGAAGAACCCCUUGUUGAUCAAGCUUCACCCCGAGACGAAGCUUCUGAGGAUGCAAUUAAAUUGAUUUAUGAGCUCAAAGAGUUCAGCAAUGAGGAAAUCAUCAGAUACAUUGAUCGGAGCUUUGCUUUUUGGAAGGAGAAAGAAGCAGAGCUUUUUGAUGUCUAACAGCAGUGUCCACCAGCAGAGAUGGUGCUGGAUCUGAGAGGCUAAUCUGCACAGUGCAACCUACCAAAAAAGGAAACUAAUCGGUUGUGCUAGCAUUUAGGCCUUGUCACCUAGGGGAUUAAACUGCAGCAAAUAGCCUCCGUUUGGUUGGACUUGCACUCGCAUUUCCAUAUCCUUGGACGCAGAGACAGAACAUAUACUCCUGACAUUUUAUUCUGACCUGAGUUAAAAUGGGAACAUUUGAAUGAAAAGCUUUAAAUACAGCCAUGAUCCAAAAUGGUCUUCUAAGGAAAAGAUUUGCCAUUUAAAAAAUUUGAUCUCUUUAUUCUUUGGUGUGACUAUUUACAUUAAAAUUGUCUCAUUGUUGUAAUUGUUGUACCUCUAUCAGACUUCAGACUCAAAUGUUUGAACCAUGUUUGGACCCUUAGAUACCUUUCUCUUCUUUACCAAUACAUAUGUUUACCUUUACAUGUGUAUACAUUUAAUUGUUUUAGUUGUCCCUCACACUGAAACUCCACUGCUGCUAGUGACACCAAGACACCAGCAGCUGAUUGGCUGACUGUUCAAAAAAUGGUUGAGAGGAGGUUUCAGUAGUAAUCCAGUGAUUACAUAUAAGAGAGGAAAAGCUCUGUCAUGCUCUGUUUUUCAAAGGAAUCCUUCACGACAUUCAGUUAAUCAGGCACAGUCAUGUCACAAUCAUUAGUCUCUUCAGCAUGAACAUUGUAACAUAAUGAAUAGCACUCAAUGAACACAUUAGGUACAUAUUAGCUCUCUUUAUUUUGUUAAAAAGGCUCAUGAUAACAGAGGAGCGAAACGGCACAACAGGUCAACUCCCUGAUAGAAGCGUCAAAGUAUGAGGAACAUAAGCAAUAUUUCUAGUCACAAGCUUAGAUUACAACAGUGGUGCAUUCUGUUUGAAACAGGAAGUUGGAUUUUCUGAGCUCCCAGCCAGAAUCCAGGAAUAACGCCCUCGAGGUCAGAAUCCAUAGUUGGAAAGUCGCAGCUCUCCAACCGCCCUCAGGUUCAAUGGGAUAAAACAGUGAAAGUUGAAGGUGUAAAACUAUUUAUUAGCUCUUCUGACAGUUUGUCUUUACACCACUGGCAUCACAUGGAGCUUUAAAACCUCCAUUUGUUAACAUGUUUCUUCACUGUUUCAACUCAUAAGAUGGAGAGAAAUGCAUAUUUACCAGUUUAUGUUGCUAGAGUAAACUUUCUUGUCCCCAAGGAGACAACAAAAGCAAGGGAAAUACACACACAAUAACAACAUAACAUUCCCGAUGUACAGGACAUCACUACCAGUAGUUUGCAUCACCAGUUCUCUGCCUUUUAACCAGAAUGUGCUCAGGUCUGAUGGGACAUUUUUCCCCAAGUAUGAGUUUAAACUUCCAAGAAAAACUGAACGCUGCAAUAAAACCAGAACAACAUCCGGUUGCAGAAACUGAAAUGACAGCUAUGUAGCGAUGAGUUGGAGUGAUAGCAUACAAUAAAAUCUGUGCGGUAGAACAUUGAAUAAUAGUCGUAUUGUUUUUCACAUUGUCCAAAUCUUUGUGUUUGUGUCUCUAUCUCUA